UUAUGAUUAAUGUCAGAACUGUUAACCUGUGCUUAAUUUCAGGCUUUUAUUUUUGAUCGUCUUUACUUCUUUAUCCCAAGUCCCUUGGAAGAAACCCUUUGAGGUGUCCAGGCUGAGACAAGAGGUGAUGCCAGUGUAAGCUCUAGAUGGUGUGAGACUACCAAAGAGCCAGAAAUGAUGACAACCUUGGAACUAGAGGAACAGGAUCUUUGGGAAGAAGAGGGGAUUCUGAUGGUGAAAUUGGAGGAUGAUUUCACUUGCAGCCCUGAGUCUGUCUUGCCAAGGGAUGACCCUGUGUUGGAGAACUCUCACCAGAACUUCCGUCGCUUUCGCUACCAGGAAGCUGCAAGCCCUCGUGAAGCACUCAUCAGACUCCGAGAACUUUGUCACCAGUGGCUGAGGCCGGAGAGGCGGACAAAGGAGCAGAUCCUAGAGCUGCUUGUGCUGGAACAAUUCCUCACUGUCCUUCCGGGAGAACUGCAAAGCUGGGUGCGGGGCCAACGGCCAGAAAGUGGAGAGGAGGCAGUGACGCUGGUGGAGGGUUUGCAGAAACAACCCAGGAGACCAAGGCGGUGGGUGACCGUCCGUGUUCAUGGCCAGGAAGUCCUGUCAGAGGAGACAGUGCCCCUAGGGACGGAGCCCGAGUCACCCAGUGAGCUGCAGGACCCAGCACAGACUUCAACCCCUGAGCAAUCCCAGGAGGAAACCACCCAGAGCCCACGCUGUGAAGAGGAGCUCCAGCCCCUGCAGGAGAGCGAAGUUCCUGUGCUCCAGGACCCAGACCUUCCUUUGGAGAGGAACUCUGGAGACCCAGGCAUGGUUGCACUUCUCACUGCUUUGUCACAGGGACUGGUAACGUUCAAGGAUGUGGCCGUGUGCUUCUCCCAGGACCAGUGGAGUGAUCUGGAUCCAACACAGAAAGAGUUCUAUGGAGAAUAUGUCUUGGAAGAAGACUGUGGAAUUGUGGUUUCUCUGUCGUUUCCAAUCCCCAGACUAGAUGAUGCCUCCCAGGUUAGACAAGAAGUGCCUCAGGUCCCAGAUAGCCAUGAGGCUCAGGAGCCUGAAGAGCCAGAAAUCCUGAGUUUUACCUACACAGGAGAUAGGAGUGAAGAUGAGGGUGAGUGUGUGGAGCAAGAAGACUUGCGUUUGAAGAAUAUACACAAGCCUGUUCUGAGAGGUCCAGAAAUUCACCAGACUGCAGAUUGGGAAAUAGUCUUAGAGGAAAAUCCAGGUAGACCUGAUGAAAGAAGAUUUGGUACAAAUAUUUCUCAAGUUAAUAGUUUCAUUAAUCUUCGGGAAACCAUGCCUGUCAACUCAGUGUUAGGGAGGCAUCAUAACUGUCCUGUAUGUGGGAAAAGCUUCACAUGUAACUCCCACCUCAUUAGACACCUGAGAACUCACACCGGAGAGAAACCCUAUAAAUGUAUAGAGUGUGGAAAAAGUUACACACGGAGCUCACAUCUUGCUAGGCACCAAAAGGUCCACAAGAUAAACACUCCUUAUAAAUAUCCCCUAAACCGGAAGAAUGUGGAAGAGACCUCUCCUCUGAUCCAGGCUGAGAGAACUCCACGUGUGGAGAAACCCUAUAGAUGUGAUGUUUGUGGAAAACACUUCCGCUGGACUUCAGACCUGGUCAGGCAUCAGAGGACACAUACAGGAGAGAAACCCUUCUUUUGUACUAUUUGUGGCAAAAGCUUCAGCCAGAAAUCUGUACUAACAACACACCAAAGAAUCCAUGUUGGGGGCAAACCCUACUUGUGUGGAGAGUGUGGAGAGGACUUCAGUGACCAUAGGCGGUAUCUGGCACACCGGAAGACACAUGCAGCUGAGGAGCUCUAUGUUUGCAGUGAAUGUGGGCGCAGCUUCAACCAUAGUGCAGCGUUUGCCAAGCACCUGAGAGGGCACGCCUCAGUGAGGCCCUGCCGGUGCAAUGAAUGUGGAAAGAGCUUCACUAGGAGGGACCAUCUUGUCAGGCAUCAGAGAACACACACUGGGGAGAAGCCAUUCACCUGCCCUACCUGUGGGAAAAGCUUCAGCAGAGGCUAUCACUUAAUCAGGCAUCAGAGAACCCACUCAGCAAAGACUUAGCUAGCUGCCAUGUGAGGAGAUCUACAUUCAGCCUCACCAAAAUGGACAGGAGGGGCUCUGAGCAGGCUGGGAAGAUCUUUUCUAAGACAUCUCUCCCUCACCUGCCCAGACCUUACAUCACCUCUUUGUACCAACAAAUAAAAGCCCUGGGCAGAACCUCAGCCUUCUGCAUCUUGAGGAAAUGUUUUACCCAAAGUACAACCUGAAUUGAGUCUUCUUCACUGGUGUGCCCCUCCUCUACCUCAUGGGUGUGCAGUAGGAGGAUUAGAAGACUUCAGAGGUUGUCCUUAACUGGUUGCCAAAAUUUAGGCUGCUACAAAUCCUCAAGACUCCUUACCAACCUCAAGGUUGAAAUUGCCAAGGAGAAUCCCUUCAGUCUGAUAAGGGAUCUACAUGAACAGGUCUGUCUUUCCUGGGCUCAGAUCUUAAAGCACACGGCCCUAAACUCAAAACAGGAGAUUGGCAUCUUGAUAGCUUUGCCACACACUCACAGGAUAACUAGAAAUCCCUUACUGUCUUACUUCUUCACCAUGCACUUUCCUUUGAUGCUGGAAAGAAAUGGGAGGAGUUUUAAAGGACAAAAAUCUCAAAGCUGCUUCACAUGGACUUCGGCAAGCUGCUCCCUUCCCCAUUGUCAAAGUGAUACUGGGUGCCAGACACUGCUAAAAUGGAGGGUCUAGUCAGAAGCCUCUGUCCUUGUGUGUUAGUUUUUUUGUUUUGUUUUUUCCCCUGCCUAAAUACUCAUGCAUUUAGCCUCCUUACUAUUCAACCACUCUCCUGGGUUUUGUCCCUAGCACUUCGGCUACAAGUGAGAUACAGCAGUUGAGUGCCAAGCGAUUCAGUAAAGCAUAAUUAAAUCAUGAUGAAGUCAUUCACAUUCCCAUGUAUGUACAAGCCCAACUUUCCCUUUCCACCACCCCCUGCCCCACAUGGGUUGUGUGAGGAGAUUUGGAGCAGUGUCACCUUUCAAAGGCACUAUGAAUUACAGAAUCAUUAACUGGACAAGAUCUAAGAUCAGACUAUGGAAAAAAAGGAAAAAGCUGUUCCUGCUGGCUGAGACCAUCAGGACUGUUGAUACUGAGUUUCCAUUGUCUGUCUCAGCUUUCUGGGAAACUGGGAAAAGUAUGAACCCCAACACCUGGGACCCUGCAAAGUUACCAGGAAUA